GAUGGCGUCUCUCUUUACCGACGCUGAGAAACCCUAUAUUUUUCCGAGGACCCAAACAGUUUCUGCCAGAAAGUUUCGAUCUUUUUCCCGGAAUUACGAUCGACGCCAACAAAAAACAUAAAAGAAAUUUCUAAUUUCCUGGAAUUCUCUGCUUCUGCCUGGAAACCCAGAUUCUAUUUUCACGGCAACUUGAGUGAUAAUCAUAAAAGUUUCGAUCUUUCCCCUCCUCUCUGAUCCAAGCUCCAAAUCCGAUUUUCCUGGAAUCCUCUGCUUUUCCCUGGAAAGCCCAGAUUCUGUUUUCCCUGCAGUUUGAGUUGUUAUCGCGAAAGUUUCGAUCUUUUUCCAAUCAAAGUAGAAGAAAUCCCUCUUCGUUCUUCCGUUGAUUUUCUCGGCAGCCAAACAUGGGGACUAAAUUCGAUCAGCUCCACAUCUUCUUCUUCCCUUACAUGGCUCCUGGACACAUGAUUCCGACUCUGGACAUGGCGAAGCUUUUCGCAAGCAGAGGAGCGAAAUCAACGAUUCUCACCACUCCUCUCAAUUCCCAAACCUUUCAGAAACCCAUCGAAGCAUUCAAGAACAUGAAUCCAGAUGCCGAAAUCGGAGUCGAGAUCCUCGAUUUCCCUUGCAGAGAGCUCGGAUUGCCAGAAGGGUGCGAGAAUACCGAUUUCAUCAUCUCAAACUACAAAUCGAAUUCGGGAGAUUUGACUCAGAAGUUCAUGUUCGCGACCGAGUUUCUCAAAGAACAGAUGGAACAGCUUAUGGAGACAAUGAAACCGGACUGUCUGAUCGCCGACAUAUUCUUUCCGUGGGCCUCUGAAUCUGCGGACAAGCUCGGAGUUCCGAGAGUCGCGUUCCAUGGCUCGGGCUACUUCCCCAUCUGCGCUGCUCAUUGCAUCGACGUUCACAAGCCGCACAAGAAACUCGGCUCGAGUUCUGAGCCCUUUGUGAUCCCAGAUUUACCAGGGGACAUCGUCAUUACUGCAGAACAGUUCAUAGAUCGUAAUGCAGAGACCGAGAUGGGAAGGUUCAUGUUAGAGAGCUGGGGAUCUCUCGGGAAAUGCUUCGGCGCUGUGAUGAACAGCUUCUACGAAUUGGAACCAGCUUAUGCUGAUUUCUACCAGAAAACUCUGAAAUGGGGGUCAUGGCAUAUUGGUCCGGUUUCGUUGUGCAACAGAAGGCUCGAGGAGAGAGCCGAGAGGGGACAGAAGUCGACUGUUGACGAGAACGAAUGCCUCAAAUGGCUCGCCUCCAAGAAACCCGAAUCCGUGAUUUACAUUUCCUUUGGAAGUAUGACGAGUUUCACCAAUGCCCAGUUGAUAGAAAUCGCUGCAGGGCUAGAAGCUUCUGAACAAAAUUUCAUCUGGGCGGUGAGGAAAGAAGAAAGCAAAGAUCUUGGUGAGAAGGAAGAGUGGUUGCCUGAAGGGUUCGAGGAGAGAACAAAGGGAAAAGGGCUGAUCAUAAGAGGGUGGGCACCUCAGGUGCUGAUACUUGACCACCAAGCAACCGGAGGGUUCUUGACACAUUGUGGGUGGAACUCCGUGCUCGAGGGCAUAGCAGCGGGAUUGCCAAUGGUGACUUGGCCCGUAGGGGCGGAGCAAUUCUAUAACGAGAAGCUGUUAACUCAGGUCCUGAGGAUUGGAGUAAGUUCAGGAGCCAGAAAGUUUGCGAGAAUGGUGGGAGAUUUCAUAAGCAGAGAAAAGGUGGAGAAGGCGGUGAGGGAAGUUAUGGCGGGUGAAGAGGCGGAGGAGAGACGGAGACGGGCAAAGGAGGUGGCUGCGAUGGCCAAAGCCGCUGUUGCAGAAGGAGGGUCUUCUUAUAAUGAUGUGGAUAGGUUCAUGGAAGAGGUGAGGGUGGUUAGGGCUGCCAACAAGGUAGGGCAAUCUCAUGAGUGAGUGUGUUCUAUUUCUUUUCUUGCACGGCAAGGUAAAGGAGUGGAGUUUAAUGUAUUGUAGUUGUGUGAAUCUUUUUUUUGUUGUCAUAAAACAGAUCUUUGUUUGGUCAGAUGUUGUUUUGUUUGCUUAUUUUAAAUAUGAUGUUUUAUAUUAUAAUAUGAAAAUGAUUACAUGAAA